AUGAAUGAUGCAUGCGAAAAGAUAAAAGAACUUGCUGAAGAUAAAUGGAAGGACAUGUUAGAACAAUGCCUUGCACUGACAGAACUACCAAAGGUCAUGCCACGAACAGUGUUUGACUUCGCAAGAACCAUAGAUAAUAUGUACAAGAAUGAUCAUGAUGGAUUCACUUCUUCAGAAGCACUCAAAGAAAUGAUAGAGCUACUAUUCGUGAAGCCAAUACCGAAUGAAGAUUGUCAAGUGGUGAACGACAUUAUAUGGUCCUACCGGUUGUUCUCAGGUUCUACAGGGAAAUAG